AACAUAACUAAUAAUGAACUGAAUUGCAGGUUUUAAUAAAUCCCACUAUGAACAUAACUAAUAAUGAAAAGCACAAACAUCCAGAGGGCUGUAUGAGUGUUCGUGGUUACUCGGCUGAAGUGGAGCGCUAUCGUUCUGUUUUAAUAAAUGGAAAAACCUUAGAUGGUGUGGAAAGGCAACUGCAACUAAGUGGGUGGAACGCAAGAAUUGCCCAACAUGAAAUGGAUCAUUUAGAUGGAAAAUUGUAUAUUGACAUAAUGGAUCGUUCGACUUUUACAUGUACAUGUUGGGAAACAGUAAACGCUAAAAGCGGGCGUGUAGAAAUACCAUUUUAUAAAUAGCUACUAAAAUUGUUUAAACGAAUGUGUAUAUUAAUAUGGAUGUAGAUUUGCAUUUUCGUGCUUUUAUUUGCUAUAAGUACGGUGACCAGAUUUCUGUGAACAAAAAUCGGGACAUUUCCAAACCAUCGAAUCCGAA